AUGUCAAACAAAGCACCCUGGCACGCGGCAUUCCCUGCCCCUAAGACUGUUGCGCCCUCUUUAUCCCGAGAGGAGUUCCUGCAAUGGAUUCAAGAGGGUAAAGAAGCUGGCAAGGACUUUGUGCUUGUUGACUUACGGCGAACUGACUAUGAGGGCGGCACAAUUCAAGGAUCAUUGAACCUGCCUGCUCAGAGCCUAUACCCGACGAUUCCGACUUUAUACUCCCUUGUAUCGAAUACCUCCAUCAUGAGCGAUGGACUAAACAGUAUAUUCCAUGUAGGAUCUUCUGCAGGCCGGGGUACCCGCGCAGCUGGUUGGUUUGCUGAUUAUCUUGAUGACAAGAAUGAUCAAGAGAUCAAAAGUCUGGUACUUGCUGGAGGAAUUAAAGGGUGGACAGCAGCUGGACCAGAAUAUACAGCCUUGAUGGAUGGGUAUGAUGCGUCGGUCUGGGUAAAGUAG